AUGAGUGAUAAAAAUGAGUUGGAGACGACGGGAAUACCUCCGGCGCCGUCGUCGGUUUCCUCGGAAACAUCUGUAAGCACCACUGCUUCUACGAUACCUAGAUCAGAAUCUUCAAGACCUAAUACAUUUUCGAAGCCAUCUGGCCUCAAGCCUCCAUCAAAAAUUGGAAGGCUCUGCUCUAAUGCUGCACCAAAACCGGCAGUGCCAAUAUCACCAAGAUCUGGUAAGUGGAAUAUAUCUCAAACUUUUAUAUAG